AUGUCGGCCUGUCACAGUGAACCUGCUAUCCUUCAUGCGGCUCUUGCAGUUGCAGGCGCCCAUAAAGCCUACUGUGACAGACAGUCCGCGAAAUCUGGCAUGAUUCCUGUGACUUCGAGCCUGGCUACCAGUAUUCAUCUCCACUAUCAGAAAGCACUAAGUUACUUGAGAAGGCGAAUAGCAGUGCCGAGUCCUGAAUGCCCCGAGAUCGUGUUAAUCGUCUGCCUUGUGCUGUUGACUUUUGACAUGAUCGAGGGCCGGUACGGAGAAGCCUUGUUACACCUCACCCACGGCCGCCGCAUUGUCAAAGACCUGAAUGAUAGCAGUUCAAGUGACAGUCAUGUUCCACUUAGCCUGCCGCCAGUGGUUACAUCGGCGAUGGACGAGAUCAAAUACUCCUUCGCUAUGAUGGACAUUCAAUCAGUCAACUUUGGUAGUCUAAAACCGCACUUCAAGCUGGUGGCUGAUACGAAUCUUGACGGCAGUCCUCGACUCGAAAUCCCGGCCUCAUUCACUAAUUUUGAUGAUGCUUGGCGGUAUCUGCUUCUUCUACUAAACAAGUGCUACCGCUUGUUCGCUGCCAUCAAUGAGCUGGGCUCAAAGAAAUAUGACCUUCCGACCGAUGAGCUAGUCUUUCGAAGUGAACGAAGCAGCCUCCUAGAAGACGUGGAGAAGUGGAAGGAUGCAUUUGACAAAAGCUCUUUCCGCAUACUGUCUUCCGGUCAAUCUCCUCUUGCGAGCAAGUCAACCUUGUUGAGACUACACCAUCUUACCCUCUGUAUUUGCGUAAAGGCAUCUUUCAAUCUUGGCGAUGAGAUGUUCUUUGACGUCUUGGUGCCUGACUUCUUGGCACUCGUAGGAUUUUGCGAGGACCUACUUCCGAACCUCCCUACAAUAUCCAUUGAGACCGGUAUCAUCCAACCCCUUUUUCUCACCGGGUGCCUCUGUCGUCAUCCGGGUAUCCGCAGGCGGCUGGUCCGCCUCCUCUCACAUCCUAGGAAGGAGGGCCACUGGGACAGCAAAUUGAUCGAAAUUAUUUCGCGUGAACGAAUGAUCUUCGAGGAAGAACUCGCAGGCUAUGUACAUGAUGACCGGCAGUCACUCCCAGAUGACGUUGACCUUGCCCAGCUAAUCCCACGAGAAGCUCGCUGGUCGGAAAGCUGGAUCUUCUUCGUGAAGGAAGACUACUCAAUGGUUGAAAUAACAUUCCGGAGGAAGAAGCGUCAUCCCCAUCUGCUGCUCGAUGGAGAGGACGAUCAUGAAACACGAAAGAAGCUGGUCACUUUCGAAUAA